AUGAGGAGCAUUGGAUCUGCCCUGAACCUGCUUUUGGUAUCGCCACUCUACUUUGUGUGGACCGUGGUCGCUCUGGACCUGGCACAAACUCCCUGCACCACUUUGGUCCAGGGCAAAUUCUUUGGGUAUUUCUCCUCCUUUGCUGUCUUCCCGUUGAACUCCUCUCUCUGCUCUUGGAUUAUCCAGAACCCUGACCCUCGGAGGUACACUUUGUACAUGAAGAUCCUAAAACCUACAGGCGUAUGUGACCACCAGCACAUCCGCACCUACCAGUUUGACUCCUUCCUGGAGUCCACCCGCACCUACCUGGGCAUGGAGAGCUUCGACGAUGUGUUGAAGCUCUGUGACGGGUCCACCCGCUAUGCCUUCCUCCAGUCCAACAAGCAGUUCCUCCAGAUGAAGCAGACCGCGCCACCGGGGGUGGAGACCUGGCCCGUGCGGUGGAAGCCCACAAAGGCUCAGGAGAGGGACUUCUCGGUGGAGUACCUCGUGGUGGGCAACAGGAACCCUAGCAAAGCCGCUUGCCAGAUGCUCUGCAAGUGGCUGGAUGCGUGCUUGGCCAUCAGCAGCAGCUCCCAUCCAUGCGGCAUUAUGCAGACCCCGUGCUCUUGCUCAGGAGGGGAGGUCCUAGAUCAGGCCAGCGAGAUCCUGGGGCUCACGAGGAAGAAGGAAGAUUGCUAUAAGGAUGGAAUUUACUUGGAGAACUGCAUGAGCAGCCCUAAGGACAGCAGCGGAGUGGAGCUCCUGGGUGACCCCGCGGCAGAGGAGUGGUCCCCGUGGAGCGUGUGUUCGACCACCUGCGGGGAGGGCUGGCAGACCAGGACGAGGUUCUGCGUGUCGUCUUCCUACAGCACUCAGUGCAGCGGCCCUCUCCGGGAGCAGAGACAGUGCAACAACUCUGCCGUGUGCCCAGUGCAUGGCACCUGGGAUGAGUGGUCUCCGUGGAGCUUGUGCUCUUCCACGUGUGGGAGAGGGUACAGGGAUCGGACCCGCACAUGCAAGCCCCCGCAAUUUGGCGGGAACCCCUGCGAGGGCCCAGAGAAGCAAACAAAGUUCUGCAACAUUGCACUUUGCCCAGUGGACGGCAACUGGAACGAGUGGUCGAGCUGGAGCUCCUGCUCUGCCUCCUGCUCCAACGGCACCCAGCAGCGGACAAGGGAGUGCAAUGGACCCUCCUACGGGGGAGCCGAAUGCCAGGGACACUGGGUGGAGACCAGGGACUGCUUCCUACGCCAAUGUCCAGGGCUGAUCCUUCGAAGAUGCAUUUUAGAUGAAGAAGGGAUAGCUUAUUGGGAGCCUCCAACAUACAUCAAGUGUGUUUCUAUUGAUUACAGGAACAUACAGAUGAUGACCAGGGAACAUCUUUCCAAAGCUCAGCGUGGGUUGAUGGGAGAUGGGCUGUCAGAAGUGCUCCAAAACCUUGUGGAAAUCUCCCAGGAUGGGACCAGCUACAGUGGGGACUUGCUGUCCACCAUCGACAUACUCAGGAACAUGACAGAGAUCUUCCGUAGGGCUUAUCAUAGCCCAACUUCUGGGGAUGUGCAGAAUUUUGUCCAGAUCAUCAGCAAUCUUUUAUCGGAGGAAAAUCGGGACAAAUGGGAAGAAGCUCAGCUGCUUCGUUCUUCAUUAUUGCACCUCGGAACAGAAUCACCAGCUCGCCUUGGUCUCAGCUUGAAAAAUAACCUGGACAAAGAAUAUAACUCAGCCUUUGUGAGAGAUCAGACCUGUGGGAAGUACCCAGAGAUAGGGCCAAACGCCAAGGAGUUGUUCAGGCUUGUGGAGGAUUUCAUUGAUGUCAUCGGCUUUCGCAUGAAAGAUUUCCGGGAUUCCUACCAAGUGACAGACAAUCUGGGCUGGAGGGGCAUGGUGGACUGGGCCAAGAACUCAGAGGACAAGGUCACUGUCUCCAAGAGCAUCCUGUCUUCGGGGCUGGCAGAAACGGACGACUCCUCCGUCUUUGUGGUGGGGACCGUGCUGUACCGGAACAUGGGCAACAUCCUCUCCCUCCAGAGGAACAGCACUGUUUUGAACUCCAAAGUCAUCUCUGUGACUGUGAAGCCAUUACCCCGGUCUCUCCUCACCCCCUUGGAAAUUGAAUUCUCCCACCUGUACAAUGGAACCACCAACCAGACCUGCAUCUUGUGGGAUGAGAAUGAUGGGCUCUCCAUGAUCCUGCUCCAAGGCCGGCUGGCCAAGGGGACCUUCCCUAUGUUCACAGUCAUCCAUCUGAGGCUGCGGAUCUUGGGGAUCCAAACUCCACCUGAUUCCAGUGAACCAGCCUCUGGAUUUAACCCCUUGCAGCUGAUGUAUAUUCGCUCAGAGCGCUCUGUCAUCCUUAUCAACUUCUGCCUAUCCAUCAUCUCCUCCAAUGCUCUCAUCCUUAUUGGACAGACCCAGACCCGGAAUAAGGUGAUAUGCACGCUGGUGGCAGCUUUCUUGCACUUCUUCUUCCUCUCCUCUUUCUGCUGGGUGCUGACCGAGGCUUGGCAGUCCUACAUGGCCGUGACGGGCCGGUUACGGAACCGCAUCAUCCGCAAGCGCUUCUUGUGUCUCGGAUGGGGGCUCCCCGCCUUGGUGGUUGCCAUUUCCGUGGGAUUUACUAAAGCCAAGGGGUACGGCACCGUGAACUACUGCUGGCUGUCGUUAGAGGGAGGUCUUCUCUAUGCCUUCGUGGGACCGGCGGCUGCUGUCGUUUUGGUUGACCAUGUCAGCGAUGGAGGGACAGUUCACCUGGCUCCACGUAAGGACAGUGAGGCUCUUGCAGGGCUGUACAGAGGAUAUGCAGCUGUGCUGCUCUCAGGACGGGUGAACAUGGUUAUUGGCAUUCUGGUUUUUAACAAACUUGUAUCCAAAGAUGGAAUAACAGAUAAGAAACUGAAGGAACGGGCAGGGGCAUCCCUUUGGAGCUCCUGCGUGGUCCUACCUCUCCUGGCUCUCACCUGGAUGUCUGCAGUUCUGGCAAUCACAGAUCGGCGGUCAGCACUCUUCCAGAUCCUUUUUGCUGUCUUUGACUCGUUGGAGGGCUUUGUCAUCGUCAUGGUCCAUUGCAUCCUAAGGCGGGAGGUCCAGGAUGCUGUGAAGUGCCGAGUAGUAGAUCGUCAGGAAGAGGGCAAUGGAGACUCAGGGGGGUCAUUUCAGAAUGGACAUGCUCAGCUAAUGACCGAUUUUGAGAAGGACGUGGAUAUGGCUUGUAGAUCAGGUGAGCACAUCACAGUGCUGAAUAAAGACAUCACCACCUGCAGGACCUCAACCAUCACAGGAACACUGAAGCGUCCAUCGCUACCGGAUGAAGAGAAACUGAAACUCAAUCACCAGAAGGGGUCAUCAAACUUUAACAGUCUUCCAGCCAAUGUCUCCAAGAUGCAUCUUCAGGGCUCACCACACUACCUGGGGGCCAUCAACCUGAAUGAGUUCAGCAAUCACACUCUCACUCUGAAGAAAGACAAGAACCAGCCACCCAAGUCCAUCUAUAUCUGUGAUGGGGACAUCUUCAAGAAGUUGGACUCAGAACUCUCCCGGGCACAAGAGCAAACACUGGACACCAGCUACGUCAUUCUGCCUACCAACACGUCUACCUUACGGGCCAAACCACCCAAAGACGAGAGCAAAUACAGCAUCAAUAUCGACCAGAUGCCCCAGACACGGCUCAUCCACCUCAGUAUGGCUACUGACCCAGGCUUUGUUGUCAAGAGUCCUCCACGGGAGCCUGUAACCAUGACAUGCAGUGAGGUGCAAGGUUCCCCCAUGAUACAACAGCAGCAGCAGCUGGCUCCACAAAAUAUCUCCAACGAGUCACAGAUUCCCAACAGCCUGUGUGACACAGGUGACUCAGGGAACUCAGGUGUGGUGUCCAAGAGUGAGACCGUCUCCACCCUCUCCAUGAGCUCUUUGGAGAGGCGGAAAUCCCGGUAUGCAGAGCUAGAUUUUGAGAAAAUCAUGCACACAAGAAAACGUCACCAAGACAUGUUCCAAGACCUGAACAGAAAACUCCAGCACGCAGAGAAGGAAAAGGAGUCUCCAACAACAGACAGCAAGGUAAGGACUGGAGAAGAAGUGAACCUGGAAGAGAGCAAGGAGGAGGCAGAGGGUGGGGAGGGACUGCAGGGGACGAGCCCUGCCAAGAUACUUUCGGGCUGCUGCUGCAUUCCGGGAGCCUUCCGGCUCUGCCACAAGGAGGUGUGGAAGGACGCCCAGCAGCCACCGCGAAGGGCCAAGAAGAUCGGGGUUGUUUGGGGACCACAAGAGGGGACACCUGCAGGAGUCUCGCUGGGAUGUGACCUGGCCAUAGAUCCCUGGGGGAGACCCAGCCUUGAGGGUCUGUGGCAUCCCUUGCCGAUCCUCGCCCCCCAACUCUCCCUCACCAGCUCAUCCAAGAAGGAAGAAGACGGGAUGCGCCAAGCAGUGGCCAAGAAGACAUUCCCACUCCUAUAUGCCACACCAUGA